ACUUAGUUAUAACGGAGAUCGUUGAUUCGGAGUGUCUCCAGAGUUCAGCGUGAAGUUGGGAGUUCCUUCUCGCAGUAGCAGAAAAGCAUCACUAUGGCGAUGGCGCUGCUACACCUUCUUCUUCUUUUGCACACUUCGCUUUCUGUUAGUGCCAAUUCAAUUGAGCACCACACUUCCCAAAUCCAUCAAAUCAACCUCAAAAUCGCUCACUUAGAAUCGGUUCUUGAAGAAAGCAAUAGAAAGUUAAAGGAAAGGGAAGUGUACCUGCAAGAGUGUGAGAAGCGAAUGGAUGAAAUGUCGGAAAAAAUCCACAAUCUGCAAUCUACUCUUUCCACAAUGAAGUUGCAAGUUGAUUCAUUGCAUGCUGAGAGACAGUAUAAGGCUCUGGAGGAAGAGGUACAACUUCUUUGGUCUAUCUUAAGAAAGAAUAACUUUGAUCUCCAUAUUUUACAAUCCCAAGCACAAGAUGCUGAAAAAAGACUGGAAGAGAUAACAGCAAAAGUUGAAAAGAUGGGUGACAUUGUGACUGAACAGUGGAUUCAAGUUCAGCAUCUUGAGCAGGCUCUUCACAUUACCAAAAUGAGGACUGCAAAGGCUCAAAAGCUAGCGAGUUUAACAAGAUGCACAUUCUUGAAGAUUAUCUACAGUCUUCUUGAUGAUCUACGGGCACUCGAUUCAUAUGUCUUUGGUGAAAGGACACUCAUCUCACAGGCUAUGGAUCAGUUGAAGAGAUGCUCUUCAUUGACCAAAAAGUAUCACCAUCAGCUUCAAGGUUUCAUCAAAGAUAUGAUGAAGAGAAAUGAAUUGACGGCAUGUCUUGCAAAUGAUGAAUUCGUGUUCUUUCUGGCUUCUGCUCUAAUCACCGUUCCAUUAUUAAGUGCCUGGAUGUUGCUCUCAUCAUAAUUGCUGGGCAGGCCAGACUUUUUUCUCUGAACGGGAAAAUGUCCUCGUAUUGAUUUCUACAGUGACAACUGACGCUGUCUUCCAACAAUUGUGCUUAAAGAGCAUAUGAUACGUUUCUCAGUGACGGUGUCAAAGUAGUUUUGAACUCUAGAUCUAUAUGGUUGCAAGUAGCCGAGAAUACUAGCAAUUUUUGUUCAACUUUUACCGCCUGUAAAUACCUAUCCGAAAGGAUCCUGAACUACAUGCUGCUACCUGCUAGCCCUAUGCACUCGCAUACUUGUGUUAAAAAACUAGAUCUAAAGAGAUUGGAAGAUAAUGGUAUGA